AUGGGCGCGUGCGCACUGCGCGCGGCGCCCUGCAGCCAUCUCUGUCUGCCCCUCUCACUCACCGCCUCCGUCUGUCGCUGCGCACUCGGCUACACGCUUCGAGGGAAUCAAUGCAUACCUAUAGACGAGGUGGUGAUAUACUCACUAAGCUGGGAGGUGCGAGGUGUGGCCGCCGAUCCGGACGCUGCCGCCAACGUCACCGUAGAGGGGGCCGGGGACGGGGCCGGGGACGAGCAGGGGGAGGGGGAGGGGGGAGGGGGGGCGGGACGAGUCCGGACAGGAGGAAGACGACGACGCAGUCGACUCACUGCUGCCGCCCAUCCCGCAGUUGACUAUGGCCAGCGCUAUUGACUACCACGCAGAGGGCGGUUGGUUGUACUGGGCGGACGGUGAGGCGGGGCGGCUGUGGCGCGUGCAGCGGGACGGCACCGGCCGGCAGCUGGUGCUGCAGCACCAGGGCGGCGACCAGGUGUACGACCUGAUAGCGGGUAUCGCGGUGGACUGGGUGGGCGGCAACAUUCUAUGGGCGGACCCGCGGCGCGGCGUCGUGGAGGCGGCGCGCCUCGACGGGUCCCGGCCCUACGUGCUGCUGGACACCUCGCCUGCUGCCGUCUCUGCGUUGUGCGUGGACGCGGCGCGCGGCUGGGUGUUUAUGUCGGGGGGCGGCUGGAUCCAGCGCGCGCGGCUGCACGGCGGCUCGCGGGCGCUGCUGUACAACGGCACUGCGGUCGCCGACAUCGCGCUAGACACGCAGAAGCAGCACAUAUACUGGGCGGACAGCUGGGAGGGCGGCGUGUUUCGGGCGGAUUACUCCGGGGCGGGGCGGGUGCGGGUGAGCCGCGCGCGACUCAACGUGGCCGCGCUCGCAGUGCAUCGCGGCAAGCUCUACUGGCUGGACACCGUGCUGCAUCAAGGCAGCGUGCUAGUGGCGCCGCUGAGCAAUCUGUCGGAUUACCGCGUACUGGCCGAUAAUGUCGGCGCCACCGUCAAGGAUAUAUUGGUGUGGUCUCGCAGUGAGCAAACAUUGCCGAACAAGAGCCUUCAGUCAUCGAACUCGUCCUCGUCCCGGGAGGUGGGCCCCGGCACCGACACCGGGACCGGGAACGGGACCGGGACCGGCACCGGCAGCAUACCGCUGGACUCGUCAGGCGCGUACUGCGCCGGCGCGGGCGCGGCCGCUUGCUCGGGGCUGUGCCUGUGGGACCGCUGCGUGUGCGCACACGGACGACUGGCCGACGACAACAAGACCUGCACGCCGUACGAGUCGUUCGUGAUGUACUCCCGCGUGACCAGGAUCGACAGCAUCCACGUCAACGACCCGCGCGACCUCAACUCCCCCUACGCGCCCAUACAGGACAAGGAGUUGAUGCGCAACGCGAUCGCGCUGUCGUACUGGUACGAGGAGUCGCGCGUGUUCUACUCCGACAUACAGCGCGGGGCCAUCAACACCGCGCGCUUCGAUGCUUCCGAUCAUCGCACGCUGCUGGAUCAGGUGGGCGCGGUGGAAGGCAUGGCAGUAGACGCCAUGUCGGGCACCCUGUACUGGACCUGCGCGUCUCGCGCCGCCGUACGCGCCGUAGACCUGCGCGACGCACUGCGCGCCACCCGCGCGGACCGGCGGGCCACCCGCGCGGACCGGCGGGCCACCCGCGCGGACCGGCGGGCCGCACUCACCCGCACCGUGCUCAGCCUGGGACCCGCCGACCGGCCGCGGGGCAUCGACCUCGACCCCUGCCACAAGCGCGUGUAUUGGACCAAUUGGCGCGAGCGGCGGCCGUGCAUAGAGCGCGCGUACACGUCGGGGACAGACAGACACGCGGUGAUUGCGGGCGGGGUGCUCAUGCCCAACGCUCUGGCGUUAGAUACUGUGCGCAGGAGGAUGUACUGGGCCGAUGCCAGGCUGGACAAGAUCGAACAGGCGCACAUGGACGGCUCGCACCGCGUGGUAUUAACGCGGCGCAGCGCUUUGCACCCGUUCGCUCUGGCGGUCGCGGGCGAAUACCUCGUAUGGACAGACUGGAUCGAACGAGCCGUAUUCCGGAUGCCGUUGGAGGGGGGACCCAUCGUAGCGUUGCGGAGGGAUAUACCACGACCCAUGGCUGUGGUGGCCGUGGCACCACAGAACCACACUUGUUCGUUGGAUCCGUGCAACAUUGUAAACGGUGGUUGUGCGGAGUUGUGCUCUCUCGUCAACGGCACUGUGUUGUGCGCAUGCGCGGGCGGGCGGGUGCUGGCGCCCGACGGCAGCGCGUGUGUCCCGCCCGGGGCCGGGGGCGGGGCGGGGGGCGGGGGCGGGGCCGGGGGCGGGGGCGGGGCCGAGGGCGGCGCCUGCCUGUGGCCGCGCUGGCCGUGCGCUGAGGGCGGGUGUUUACCGCCCGAGUUGGUCUGCGACGGAGUCCCGCACUGCAGCGAUGAUCUGCUACUAUCUAGUGAUGAAGACCUCUUCUAUUGCAGUAUGUAG